AUGUAUACUUCCUUCGAGCAAAUACUACACUUCAUCGUAUAUAUUUGGGUACCGACACCUUCACAUACUAGAGCUUCUCAAAGGCAGUCAUAUCUGGUGAUGUUGGGAAAACUCGAGCUGUUGGUCUUUCUUCCGUUCACAUCGACGGAUGAGGCUUGGUCUGAAGACAUACACUGUAUUGGUUCAGGUGGUUUCUUAAAGAGUUCAUCGUUUGUUGCAACCUCUAUAGACGCAUCCAAAUCUGCCUCGUAUUCAAAGUGCUGGUUUCCGCUCCAUAUUGCUGACUCCAUGACUGCAGUAUUGUUAGGUCUCCAUGCUGCGCCAUUCAACGAUGCGCUACUCCAGCCUCCCAUGUCUUGCCUUGCUCUCCACUUCAUAGUUAGUUACACGCUCACCAUUACACCUCGACGCACCGCACGCACUAUCUCUUCUGUCGUAGACGGGCCUCCUAUGUCUUGCCUUGCUCUCCACUUCAUAGUUAGUUACACGCUCACCUUUACACCUCGACGCACCGCACGCACUAUCUCUUCUGUCGUAGACGGGCCUCCUAUGUCUUGCCUUGCUCUCCACUUCAUAGUUAGUUACACGCUCACCAUUACACCUCGACGCACCGCACGCACUAUCUCUUCUGUCGUAGACGGGCCUCCUAUGUCUUGCCUUGCUCUCCACUUCAUAGUUAGUUACACGCUCACCUUUACACCACGACGCACCGCACGCACUAUCUCUUCUGUCGUAGACGGGCCUCCUAUGUCUUGCCUUGCUCUCCACUUCAUAGUUAGUUACACGCUCACCAUUACACCACGACGCACCGCACGCACUAUCUCUUCUGUCGUAGACGGGCCUCCUAUGUCUUGCCUUGCUCUCCACUUCAUAGUUAGUUACACGCUCACCAUUACACCUCGACGCACCUCACGCACUAUCUCUUCUGUCGUAGACGGGCCUCCUAUGUCUUGCCUUGCUCUCCACUUCAUAGUUAGUUACACGCUCACCAUUACACCUCGACGCACCGCACGCACUAUCUCUUCUUUCGUAGACGGGCCUCCCAUGUCUUGCCUUGCUCUCCACUUCAUAGUUAGUUACACGCUCACCAUUACACCUCGACGCACCGCACGCACUAUCUCUUCUGUCGUAGACGGGCCUCCUAUGUCUUGCCUUGCUCUCCACUUCAUAGUUAGUUACACGCUCACCAUUACACCACGACGCACCGCACGCACUAUCUCUUCUGUCGUAGACGGGCCUCCUAUGUCUUGCCUUGCUCUCCACUUCAUAGUUAGUUACACGCUCACCAUUACACCACGACGCACCGCACGCACUAUCUCUUCUGUCGUAGACGGGCCUCCCAUGUCUUGCCUUGCUCUCCACUUCAUAGUUAGUUACACGCUCACCAUUACACCUCGACGCACCGCACGCACUAUCUCUUCUGUCGUAGACGGGCCUCCUAUGUCUUGCCUUGCUCUCCACUUCAUAGUUAGUUACACGCUCACCAUUACACCCGACGCACCGCACGCACUAUCUCUUCUGUCGUAG